UUUUUUUUUUUUUUGUAAGAAAAAGAAGUUGCAAAUUCAGAUGAUAGAAAGCCUUGCUUUUUCAUCACAGUCUGGAAAGAGUUGCAGAAGAAAACUGAUCUCAAGAAACAGUAUUAAAUUUCUCUUCAGAGGCUUAAUAGGUUCAGCAAUGAAGGUUUUCAGAUACAGUAAUAGAGGUUUUCAAUGAAGUAGCUGUUCACAAGUGGUUAAUUAUCUCAUUGUGAUCUGGGUCACUGGGGAAGCUGCAAACAGCUCACUUCUGUGUUCUAAUGGCAAGUGGGAUGUGUGUACAGAGGGGGAACGCUGAAGCUGUAUUGUCUGGAGACCAGCAGUGCUGGAGAAGUGUCCACAGCCAGCUUCUGAGCGAGCAGCUUACCCUCUUUUUCAGGUGUGUUGAGGAUCAAGGCUAGCAAGAGUGUGCAGUAUGGCUCUGUAGGUUGCAUUGAAACUUUUCUCUGCUCCCUGUGUGCUCCCACUCCAUCCUUACUGUCCUAGCAGCCUGAGACAUGCAUGAACAGCGGCCCUUUGUCAGCAGCUCUGCUGGGCUCCCUGCCCUGCCUUCCCUGCUGUUCUCGCCAUCUGCAGACAUGUGGACUCUGAAAAGAGUCACUUGCUGUCUUGCAUCCCAGGCUGUCUGAACCAGCAACUCCCAAUCGCCUCCAGUAUGUGUGUAUGUAACCUGCACUUUUGGCAAGUUAGUUUCAGUUCUAGGGAUUGCUUUCUAACGGGGAAAGGAAUGCCCAGUUUGCAUUACAGUGCUCUCACGUUUCUUUUCCAAAUAUCUCAAUCUAUUAAAGAACAUUAUAAUUUGAUGUUAGAAUUUCCUUGUAUUGGAAAGACACAGGGCUACAACCCAGCACGGGCACUGUGCACACCUCUGGUUUGAAGUUUGUUACGUGUUUGAAAUACCAUAUGAACUGGAAUCUGGACCACCUUCAGCUGCCAUGACCGUCUUAGGGCAGAUAUCAAAAUGACAAACCAACCACAGGGUAUAAAACUGUGAAUAGCAUGCUUGGGGGGAAGUGUGGAGUGGUGUGCUGGGUGCUCGUCUGCCUCUGCAAGCUGGGAGCGGUGGGGUGCUUCUAAGGAAAGGCUCUCCAGUGCUAGGAUACCUUGUUGCUCAACAAUGAGACUAAGAGUAGUGUGCAGCAGCUGAACAGUCAGUCAUCAGGAAAAGCAGUUUUGGGAAGCAGUGUAGGAAAGAUUUGUGGUGGCCUUUGUGUGGAGCUGUGGCUACAACAGGCAAGCAUGGAAGGAGAAAGGAGGAGAUUGCAUAAAUCUUGGUAGACAAGUUGGCUGCAAGCAGUUAAACUGAAAUUAACUUCUGCCUUCUGGCCGCAGAGUGCGAGUUUGACAUUCGUGUGUGAUAUUCUGCAGACUAAAUCAUGCCAGCGUUAUCAACUGGAUCUGGAAGUGACACAGGUCUGUAUGAACUGCUGGCUGCAUUGCCAGCCCAGCUGCAGCCACAUGUGGACAGCCAGGAAGACCUGACCUUCCUCUGGGAUAUGUUUGGUGAAAAAAGCCUUCAUUCACUGGUGAAGAUUCAUGAAAAACUGCAUUAUUACGAAAAACAGAAUCCUGUGCCCAUACUCCACAGUGCAGCAGCCUUGGCAGAUGAUCUGGCUGAGGAGCUGCAGAGCAAGUCACUGAACAGCGAGAUCAGAGAACUGCUGAAACUGCUGUCAAAACCCAAUCUCAAGGCUUUGCUCUCUGUACAUGAUACUGUUGCUCAGAAGAACUACGAUCCUGUCUUGCCUCCCAUGCCUGAUGAUAUUGAUGAGGAAGAAGAUUCAGUUAAAAUAAUCAGACUUGUCAAAAACAGGGAACCAUUGGGGGCUACUAUUAAAAGGGAUGAACACACUGGUGCGAUUGUGGUGGCAAGGAUAAUGCGUGGAGGAGCUGCAGAUAGAAGUGGUCUUAUUCAUGUUGGUGAUGAACUCAGGGAAGUCAAUGGGAUUCCUGUAGAUGAUAAAAAACCUGAAGAAAUAAUACAUAUUUUGGCUCAGUCUCAAGGAGCAAUUACAUUUAAAAUUAUACCCAGUGUAAAGGAAGAAACACCAUCAAAGGAAGGCAAGAUGUUUAUCAGAGCCCUAUUUGACUAUGAUCCUAAUGAGGAUAAAGCAAUUCCUUGUAAAGAAGCUGGGCUUGCUUUCAGAAAAGGAGAUAUACUUCAGAUCAUGAGCCAGGAUGAUGCAACCUGGUGGCAGGCCAAACACGAAGGUGAUGCCAAUCCCAGAGCAGGCUUGAUCCCUUCAAAGCAUUUCCAGGAGAGGAGAUUUGCACUAAGAAGACCAGAAGUGCAGAUUCAGCCACUGAAAAUUUCCAACAGAAAAUCAUCUGGUUUUAGAAGAAGCUUUCGCCUUAGCAGAAAAGAUAAAAAAACAAACAAAUCUAUGUAUGAGUGCAAGAAGAGUGAUCAGUACGAUACAGCAGAUAUCCCAACAUAUGAAGAAGUUGCAAAAUAUAGACGACAACCUAAUGACAAAUACAGGCUUGUAGUUUUGGUUGGACCAGUGGGGGUUGGACUGAAUGAGCUCAAACGAAAAUUGCUGAUCAGUGACACCCAGCAUUACGGCGUAACGGUGCCACACACCACCCGAGCAAGAAGAAGCCAAGAAAGCGAUGGUGUUGAAUACAUUUUCAUUUCCAAGCACUUGUUUGAGACAGACGUACAGAAUAACAAGUUUAUCGAGUACGGCGAGUAUAAGAACAACUACUAUGGCACAAGCUUAGAUUCUGUUCGGUCAGUCCUCGCUAAAAACAAAGUCUGUCUGUUGGAUGUGCAGCCUCAUACAGUGAAACACUUACGGACAUACGAGUUUAAGCCCUUUGUUAUAUUUAUAAAGCCUCCGCCACUUGACCGCUUGAGAGAGACUAGAAAAAAUGCCAAGAUUAUUUCAAGUAAAGAUGAUAGGGGAACCGCAAAGCCCUUUACAGAAGAAGAUUUUCAAGAGAUGAUUAAGUCUGCCCAGGUGAUGGAGAGUCAGUACGGCCACCUCUUCGAUAAGGUGAUCAUCAAUGAUGACCUCGCAACAGCCUACAGUGAGCUUAAGGCAACCUUUGACAGACUGGAGACUGAGACCUUCUGGGUUCCCGUCAGCUGGUUGCACUCGUAGCGUUUCCCAUACACAAGGCAGCCAGUGCAUCCCGAUCCAAAUGUGUGCGUGGUUAGGCAAUACUUAAGGGGCAUUUUCUUGGGAGGAGGGCUUUCUAACUCUACCUGAGCAGCAAGUGCACUCUUCACAUAUGUGGCACUGGUCUUGUUUUCUGGUGUCUUCAUCCUCCUGUUCACAAUUUUGGGACAGUCAUGUGGAACUGAAGUCUUACUAAGCUCAGUAAAGCGAGCAAAUACUCAUGUAACAAAACUGCCAAAUGUCUCUCACUCGUACGUCCAUUUCCAAGGUAAGCUUUUUUAAUGGAGAGUCUGCAGAAGAUAGUAAUUAAUACUAGAGAUCAGCACUUUGGUGGUUGUAAGUCUAACUGCUCUCAUAAAAAGCACAUCAGCACUUGGAAGUUAUUAUCCCUUAAGUGCUUGAGAGAACUGAAAUAGGCAAAAGUGACCAACGUUUUUAUGGGAAAGACUUCCUAUGCGCAGCAAGAUAAGUGUUUUUACUGUUAUAGAUGUGAGCCUUGUCUUACAUGUACAGAAUGAUUGCAGUAUUCCUUUGCACUUACGUAGUCAUGAAAAGAAAGAUGUAUUCAGUGGCUCAGUUGUGAAAAUCCCUGCUGUGAGCAUGCACAGAUUGAAGGUAUUUUCAUGCAUGCUUUGUGGCACAACAAAGAGAACUCACGGGAAUAUUUAUUUAAAUAGGGUUACUAUGUAUAUAACUUCAAAGUCUUUAGGAUUAAUCUUCUGUAAAAUGGGUGACAAAGCAGUAUGAAUAGCAACCAAGUAAAGAGUAAAUUUUUUUUCCUUUAAAUUGAUAUCAAGAAUUUUUAGCAUCCCUUAGAACAGUUUUCCCUUCAGAAUUUUUCAAACAAUUGGUGAGGAUGCUGUGGAGACCUGGGAAGCAGUUGCAAUAAGUCAGUUCUUUCCAUUGUUUGGUAUUUAGCAGUACUUGUUUUGAUAGUGUAACAGAUGUCUUGUCUCCAUCCAGAAACAAAUUAAUGCUGUAGUCCUCAUUAUGAAAAAAUCUCCGUCAGUGUUCCGAUACCGAUACAGUUGGAAACCUCAUCUUGAAUUUGAUGUGGCAAUGUAAGCAUAUGUAUCAUAGAUGAUGUAUUUUAAUAUAGAUAACUUGGUAUUUUUCUUUCUUUACUACUAAUAUGCAGGAAAUGAGUACAUCUGUAAAGACCAAGUAACACCUGUGUGUUGUGUUGUGAAUGUCUGUAGUAAAGAACGUGUAUAGGAGCUUGUAAAUUCAGAUCGUCACAUCUGUGGCAUUCAAACAGGAAACAGUUAUUUCAUGUUAAUCUGAAAAGAGAAUAUAGAUGUCUUGUUUCAGGGAAAAAGAAUUUAGUGAAACUUUAUAUAUUUAUGGAAGGGUUGAAAAGGGAUGUUAAGUUUUUAAGUUUGUUGUCAAUGUGUUCAUUUAUUAAACAGAUUACGAAGACUGUAAUUCGAAAUACUGUCUCUGUAAAUUGAGCUCAACAUUCCAUGUAAAUAUUUUAUUUCAGUUUAUGUGCUGAUAAAGCCAUCAGAUUCCACAGUUUAAUUCUAAAUGCAUAUUUAAUUUGUGGGUCACUGCACGUAGCUUAGAGUUGUGUAAAACAAAUGAAAUGCAAGCAACAGCAGCAAAAUCCCUCUGAGUCUGGAAAUGUUUAUGUGGGAGUCACAGAUGUACAGAAUCUCAGUAUGGUAAAUGCUCUGUUUGAAUCACUGUAAUGUAACUUUUGACAAACUUUACCUUUUUUCAGGGGGAAAUUUUUUUCUAACAAUAAUUGAGAUUUGUUGAUUAAGUUAAUUGCAUGCAGGUUAUGUAGGUUGAGAAAAUGUUUUCUAUUAUUUUUAAUUACUGAAAACCAAACUGUUUUUUCUGAGGAUUUGGAAUUGGGUGCCUGCUUGCCUUUGCCUGCAAAGAACCGGGCACCCUUGUCACUUCUUCCAACCAACAGCUCGGAGAGGGGACUCUGCAUCCCUUGAUAUCUGGCCAUUUCCCACCUUACUGAGCAACUCAGCGCUGCUUCUGACCUGCAGUAUAUCAGAACAUCAGUGUAGAAUAGCACUCCCAUAAGGGACCUGCUUUUCUCUUUAAGAAGAGGUGCUGGAAUAUUCUGCAAAGUCUCUGUCCAAGGCAGUCCUGCAUGCUGUCUGUCUUGUCCUUUUGAAAAAGAUUGCAGUUUCCAUUCCUGGGUCGGUGCAGUCUCAGAGGACGUUCUGCAGCGCGCUGUGCUGGGCAGUCAUGGGCAGCGCUGUGCUCUGCUGCCUUCAUGGAGACACUGCUGCUGGUCCCUGGUGCAGCCCUGCAGGCGCUUUGGAGGCAGAGAGGCAGAUGGCUGCUUGCCCUGUCUGUGGGCUGGGAGCCGAGUCCUGAGUUGUAACACCUGCAAAGGAAGGGAAUCACAAAAACAUAAAUCCUGUGGAGCAAAACGUGCACACAGUGAGAGGUGGUGUUAGCUAAAUCACUAGAUUGCUCUUGAAAAUCAAUGUUAUUGCAGCGGUUGCUUCCAAAAAUAAAAUAAUAAAAAAAAAAAAUAGAAGCCUCUGGGCUCUGCAAGGCAGGCAGGGAUGAUGUAAGUUCAAGGCAGAAAGAUGUCUCAGCCCACCAGUUCUGACAGCACGGGACCUGCUCUGAACGCAUGUGCCAAAUUGUUCUGAGGUUCCAUGGGGAAAGCUAUGUGCUUCUUUUGACUCUGAACACUUGGGAACGAAGAUGACUCAAGGUGGUUUCAAUAUUCCACAUAUUCAAGUUGUGCUGUUUGGGCUUUUAGGGAACUGUAUGUUUUGACAGAUGUUUUUGUUGUGUUCUAGCUGUUUGCCAUAGUCAAAAAAAGGGUAGUAUUUUUUCAUCUUGUACCAAGCUCUGUACUUGAAUUUGCCAUCAGGUCAUUGGUUGAUGUCUUACCUGCAUUCUGAUCUUACCUUCUUUAUGCAAAACAAUAAAUUAUUGAUAUAUCA